UAUUGGUAUUGAAAGGUAUUGAAACAGAGUUGAAAUAACGACUAUACUUUUUUAUUAAAUAAUACUUCAAACUAAAACAUGACUCCGAAAAUCAAUGUCAAAGAAAGGUUUACCGAUGGCGAAAUUGAUCUCAGUAUGUCAGAUUUGGAAGAGGUUCCAGUUAAAGAUAUUGCACUGCUGAAAAAAGCGUAUGGUUUGGAUUUAUCAAAUAACCGGUUAACAUUCCUCCCAAAAAAUUUUCCCACCUUAACACACAUCACCAAAUUAGAUUUGAGCAAAAAUGAACUCAAAGAACUCCCUGAGGACUUUGGGAAUUUGACCAAACUGAAAUAUUUAGACUUGUAUCAGAAUCAACUUCAGCACUUGCCUCUAAGUUUCAGUAAAUUAAAAGACUUAAAAUUUCUGGAUUUAAAAGAUAAUCCAUUAGUCCCUACAGUGGCUAAAGUGGCUGGUCCCUGCCUUGAUACAAAGCAGUGUCAGAGUUGUGCAAAGGACAUAGUAAAUUUUUUUGUGAAACUAGAAAAACAGGUGAACUCAGAGCUUGAAAGCCGAAAUAAAACCAGGCAAAAACAGCUUGAGAUAAAUCAACAGAAGAAACAAGAGGAGAAAAAGCACAAGAAAAAGGAAAAGCAGAAGUUGAAGCAAGAAGCAGCGGUUACUAAGAAAAGUAAUUCUGUCAAAGAUAAAUCGGUGAAAGAAAACAGCAAAAAAGCCAACAUAGAAACUGGUAAACAGAAGGAAAGGCCCUCUUUUAUAAAAAAUGUUUUCAUCGUACUUCUCUUGACAAGUAUCAUACUUUUUGUCUUGACUUCAAUAAAAGUUGAAGUAACAAAGAAUGUGGAACGACUGACUGUAGAGUUGUAUGGUAGGGGUUUGGAAAAAUUGCCUCCAAACAUUAAGAUCUACGGCACACAGGGUGGAAAAUUUAUUCAUAAAUUUCAUGAAAAGACUGGCAAUAUAACGUUAAGUGCAAUUAAGUUUAUACAUGAUAAUGUCAUUUCUAAAGAUAAACUUGAUGGACUCUUUACGAAUUUGAUAACCUUAUUUGAACAUAUUGUUAAGAAAAUUAAAGAUGUUUAUAAUAAUGUGACAUCAACUUAAUACAUUAUAUUUUGCAUGUA